UUUGUCAUAGAGCAAUCAUUUUGGUUUGCUUCAACAAUGGCUGGUCGGAGGAAACUCCUAUUCGCGAAUCAGCGAUCUUUGCAAUCGUUGCUGAGGGCAGGAGGGAGCAGACAAUUUGCAGGUGCAGCCACCGCAUUGAAGCAAGAUGUGCAACCUGCUCGACCUUACGAGGACAUUCCGGGUCCCAAACCGAUUCCCCUCUUGGGGAAUAAGUUUCGCUUCAUGCCAGGAUUCAGGAAGUAUAACUUCAACGACAUGUUUGAAGUAGGGAAGCAGUUUUACGAAGAGUUUGGCCCGAUUUCCAAAUUCACGGGUCUCGAGCCACUCCAUGACAUGGUGUUCGUUUUCGAUCCCAGGGACGUCGAGACGAUGUUGAGAAACGAGGGUCCGUGGCCCUACCGAAGGCAUCUCGGGUGUCUUGAAUAUUAUCGAAAGCACACGCGCAAGGACUUCUUCAAAGGCGUCGGUGGAGUUCUUAUCGACCAGGGGAAAGACUGGCAAGAAGCGCGGCACCACGUCAAUCCGAUCAUGAUGCAAACCAAAAUAGUGGAAAUGUACACCCCGAAAAUUGACCAAGUGGCUGAAGAUUUCACUCGGCUGUUGCCAGGGUUUAUGGACUCCAAAAAUGAAAUGCCUGAAAAUUUCAAUAAUGAGCUGCACAAAUGGGCGCUUGAGUCAAUUGCUGUCGUUGCUCUUGACACGCGCUUAGGAUGCUUGGACGCGAAUCUAGAGGCGGACUCAGAGCCACAGAAGAUGAUUGACGCGGUGCACACUCUUCUCAUUGUCAUGCACAACCUUGAGUUGGGUGGCGAAGCGUUUGUCUGGCGUCACUUCCCGACCCCAUCCUGGCGCAAAUUUAUAAAAACAAUGGAUUUCUUUGUAGAUGUAAGCCACAAGUACGUUCUUCAGGCAAUCGAAUGGUCAAAGUCGCGACCCGCGAACCAGGAGCCGAGCGCUCUGGAACGACUCGUGAAACGAGAUCCGAACCCAACCAGAGCUGUGGUUAUGGCGCUGGACAUGCUAAUGGCUGGAAUUGACACGACCUCGCACUCUUUAACGAAUGUGCUGCUGCACCUAUCAGAAAACCAAGACAAACAGGAAAUUUUACACCAAGAGCUGAAAAGAAUCAUGCCCAAUCCGCACGCACCGAUAACAAACGAGAUGCUAAAUGAAAUGAAAUUUUUGAAAGCCUGCGUCAAAGAAAGUAUGAGAAUGAUGCCGGUCGUGCCAGGAACGAUGCGGAGGACAUUCAAUGAAAUUGUUCUUUCAAACUACAGAAUACCAGUUGGGGUUGAUGUUUUGAUGUUGAAUGGAGCGAUGUCGCGAUUCAGCGAGCACUACACAGAACCGGAAAAGUUUAAGCCAGAAAGAUGGUUUAGAGACGAGCAAGAGGAAAAAGUCAAGCCUUUUGUCACACUUCCUUUUGGACACGGCGCCCGAAAGUGUGUAGGCUUCCGGUUUGCUUUGCUUGAAAUGGAGAUUACCCUCGCAAAGAUGGUAAGGCGGUUUCGCUGGGAAUUCAAGUACGGCCCCGUGAAGUACAAGUCAGCUUUGGUCCACGCGCCCGUCAGCCCACUCAAAUUCACGAUUCACAAGCAAUGAGAAUAGCUGAGCUGACGAGAACAAGAAAAUUAAUAUGCUUAUUGUUUUAAUUUGUCUAUACUGCAUCCCUCAAAACUCAAAAAUGUAUUUUAAUUAAUCAAAGGGUAUUUAAUAAGUAAUUUUUGCAAACUCAUUUUGUUUUAAUUACAUUUUAUGUUUAUUGAUUUGAAAGCUGGCAUUAAAAUAAUAUGUGGAACUCCAA